UUUAGGUGGCGUGUAGGUUUCAAAGUGUCGAGCAGUUUGUCGACUGUGCUCGCUCUCAAAAUGGCUUCUCGGCACACACGCGCUUGUGCUUCAGACUGGGUGGGUGAGGUUCUCUCAUUCAGGAGGAAGAGCACUUCGAGGAGGAGGAAUGGACGUACACGGUCGAGGUGAAUUGACGAAGAAUCGACGAAAGAGGGAAAUAAAAGAUGGCGACGGUUGGGUCUCCCUGACUCUCCCGAAGCGGAAGGUGCGACGGUAAUCCGAGAGCUGUGGCGGGGGUUGCCAUGGCAACACGUUGCCAUAUAAGGUCAUGGGACGUCUGCAGCGGCUCUGUUGUCUGGUUGUCCGAGGUGGAAAUAAAAAUACCCUCGAAAAUAAUGUCACCGGACGCCGGAAAAUCCAUGUAAAAUCCAUUAAAACAGAAUACACAUGCUCGUUUGGCGUGUCUGGGGAUUGGAGACGACACAAAGGUAGUCUAUUGUGUUUGGCUUGACGAGCGUGUGUCAAGAGGCCUGUUUUUCCGGCUCGCCAUGUUUAUUUUGGGCAUUCCGCCAUUAUGCAGGUCACGGGACUGUUAUUCCUCCGAGCUGCGGUUCGAACAACCCUCCCCCCACAUCAACCUUCUCCUACCAUGGAACCACACAGUCAAGAAGAAGCGUGUGUAUGCAAGCCUGGUGCUUGAGUCCGUUUUACAAGCAGGAUGACACAAAAUAAAGAUGGUAAAGGCAACGCUACGGAGGGAGAGGAACUCAAGAUAGUCAUUGUGGGAGAUGGAGGCUGUGGGAAAACGUCUCUUCUCAUGGUGUAUGCCAAAGAUUACUUUCCAGAGAAAUAUGCCCCGACGGUGUUUGAAAAAUUCACCACCACUGUGGUCCUGAGAGGAAAAGAAGUCAAGCUCAACGUGUACGACACAGCAGGCCAGGAGGACUACGACAGGCUGCGACCGCUUUCGUACCAGGAGGCCCAUCUGAUUCUGGUCUGCUUUGACGUGACCAACCCCACCAGUUUUGACAAUGUGACCAUAAAGUGGCACCCGGAGGUGAAGCACUUCUGUCAGGACGUCCCGGUCAUCCUGAUUGGCUGCAAGACAGACCUCAGGAAGGACAAAGAGUGCACCAGGAGGCUGAAGACCCUAAACCAGGCUCCCAUCACGUACACACAGGGCCUGGCCGCCCAGCAGACGACGAACGCAGAGCUCUACCUGGAGUGUUCGGCCAAGUACCAGGAGAACGUGGAGGACGUCUUCAGGGAGGCCGCCAAGAAGGCUUUGGCUUUCCGCCGCAAGCAAAAAGACUACAAGAGGAAGAGACAUUGUGCAAUUCUAUGACCCAAACAACAGAAAACAUCACCUUUUUGUCCAAAGCUGCACUAUAGACGUUCGGGAUAUUGAACUGAAAUUUCCGAGAACCGAAAAUGCACGAGAAACUUUACAGGUGAAUUUCUCUCAACAUUUGAAUGCACGAGUCAAAAGAAUUUUUGUACAACUUGCUGUCUGACAACAAGGAUGUGAAUGGCAGAAGUUUAACUUCCACUUCACAGCCUUUCAGUGACUCUUCCAGUAUCUAGAAAGUAACAUCCUUGUAAAUAAAAAAAAUAAUAAUAAUAAUAACCUGUAAAGGUUAUAGUGCAUUUUAGGUUCAUCGUCAAAUUUCGCCCCCUAGCUCAAUAUCCUGAACUUAUAGUGUAUUUGUUGUUUUUGAUAUAUCAGGUAAAAACCUGUCUAAAUUAUUUUCAUUUUCUAUUGGUUUUUAUUAUACAUUAAUGUGGAGUCUGACCAAUUCUGUUCACAAUGCCAAAAAGAUUCACAUGCAGCCCGAGUUAAAGUAUGUGUUAAAUUUUCAGACUGGGAAUGACACAAGAAAGUGUCAAAGCCAAUGUGAGAUGAUGUGUUAAGAGAGCAUUCAAAAUGUUUUUUGUUUUUUUAUGUUUGACUUUUGUUAAUUAUGAUAUCCCUGACCAUUUUUUAUGAUAUGCAAUCUUUUGCACCAUCCUGAUAACUUUUAUGAAAAACAUUGGGUGUGCUCAUAAUGAAAACAUGUACCGCAUGUAAAAAAAAAUAAUAAUUUUUUUAGUGUUCUGCAACCUUCUUGUCAUUUCCAGCUAUAAAAGUAGCAAUUCAUGUAACUCAGCCUGGGUAUGAAUCAUUUGACUGUAAACUGUAUUUUAAUCAUUUAAAUUAAUUCCCUUCACAGGAUUAAUAAAGCGAAAACAAAACUA